UUCACAAAACAUACAUAUAUAUACUCACACACCUCCAGAUAAAUCCCAUCCUCAUAGUCAGCAAGACAAACUCAACACCAAAAUUUUAUUUGAUCCUCAACUGCAAAGUCAAAAUCAAACCUUAUAACAAUCAAAUCAGACAUGGUCAAACACACACCUGAAAAACCCGCUCAAAGAUCCGACUCUCGUUACAAAGGUGUUCGAAAACGAAAAUGGGGCAAAUGGGUGUCCGAAAUCAGACUCCCCAACAGCCGCGAACGAAUUUGGUUAGGAUCCUACGACACCGCUGAAAAAGCCGCACGUGCUUUCGACGCCGCACUUUUUUGUUUACGCGGCCAUUCAGGUAAGUUCAAUUUUCCCGACAAUCCACCGGACAUAGCCGGUGGACGGUCACUUAGUCCGUCCGAGAUUCAAUCUGUUGCAGCUAGGUUUGCGAAUUCGGAGCGUCCAGAAAGCCACCGGUCGGAACUUCAAAUGGAGUAUUCGUCUCCCUCAGUCUCAGAAGGAACGGUGCAGUUGGAUGGUGAUGGGGUUUUUGACGGAUCUUUUUUGGAUCUUUUAACGACGUCGGGUUCAAGUAAUUACACUUCGGGUUAUGGGAUAUUUCCCGGAUUUGAUGACCUUUCUAAUGAUAUUUUUGUACCACCACAGCCAACCGUUGAUUAUGGAGAACAAAACUUUGAUGGGAUUUUAGUUGAUGAUUCAUUUCUUUGGAACUUUUAGGUGAUUAGUUUACCGAUAUCAGAAUUCUGGACAUUUUUAGAAUCUGGAGUUACUGAGGUUUUAAAUUCGGGUACAGAUUAUCAUAUUUUUUUAUUUGGUCAUCCAUCAGAUUCGUAUAUAUUUUUUUUACGAGUCUACAGUUCAGUUCACCAAAAAAAUUGUACAUUGUAUGCUUGCA